AUGAUUUUAAGGAAUUGUAAGAAACUCUACUCAGUGUGGUUCUACAAACUAUCUAAAUACCAGUUACCUAUUGAUGUUGACUGUCUACAUCUGCAGCUGUACAGAGACUCCAAAGACCGUUACAAGCAGGGCCAAACCAAAGCUUCCCUCUCGUUGCAGCACUUCCUAGGCCUAGAGACUGGUUUUACAUUAGAUAAGGAAUCAAAUACGGUAGCAAUCUUGUGUCAAGACGUCGUAGUGGUACUAGCGUUCGACAAUCGUGAACGGCUUAUGCAAUGGCAGGUGAAACUGAGUUCGCAUCUGAACGACGGGCCGCAUUUUCUGGUGCUAGUGUCUUCCGCUCCCCCGAAAUCCAGAUUACCUCCAGGUCCCGCCAGGUUGCACGUGCAAGAGCGGGGUUUUUGCCUAACUACAGGGGUGCCUCCAAGGGUGGCUGGUCAGUGGCUUAUUAGUAAUUUAAGAAGAUAUGGAGUGGUGGAGGGAAGGUUCUGCUUCGAGGGGGGUUCCAGGUGCAUCAAGGGGGAGGGUCUCUAUGUGCUGCUUACCGAUCAAGGUGAAGAAAUUACGUCCACGCUGAAGGUUGCCUCGACGGGCAACUUGCAUUCGUCCAGGAGGAGACCUGUCUCUCGAAAUAUGUCAGUAAUGGAUAGUCCUCGGCGUGCACCAAUGAGAGCAACUGGAGGGGUGGCUCUAGAACUGAGCGAAACGUCUUUAGUGUCUCGUGCUGACUCCCCCUACACCGAUAUGGAAAGCAACUAUGGCUGUGGUGAUAGUAUUUCUAAUGAUGGAUGGGGUCCACCUCCGAUAGAACGCUGCAUGAGCUGUAUCAGCAAAUUGGGAGCUAUGUCAAGGUCUUCAACUGCAACUGUAACCAUAGGAACUCCAUGUUGGGAACACACUUGUGAUCGUCAUUCAAUUAGCAGUAGUUCUGAUAGCAGCGGAUGGAGCCAGGCCGUCACGAAACCACCUGCAAGGCCUCCAAAGCCUGGUUCGGCUUCCCCAUCGCCUAAGAAGCCCGCUGCUCCUCCACCGCCGUCCUAUGAUAACUACGACAUUCCUAAAAUACCAUAUCCAGUAGAGCCAAAGAGUGACGAACUCUACGACACGCCACGUAAACUGAAAGAAUGCAUACAGAGCUUUGGUUUUGACACAGUCCAAAAACCCUGUGGAUGUGUUGUUCGCGUUCGUCAACCCGAACCUGAGAGGCCGUGCGUCUGUCAACGCCUGAUGUCUUGCUGGUCAGCCACAGAGGAUGUCCAUGCUGUCUAUGCCACCGUCGACUACAGCAAGAAGACUCACAGACAGCAACCCGUUGCUACAACUGCCAAUUAUGCCAAUUUGACCCCAGUAGCCUCGACAACUACAGCACCCACUUCAACAAACUACGAAAACAUGGAAUUUGCUCAAACUCUCCAGUUGUAUGAAAACAGCAAGGAAAUCGCCGAGAAGGCGAGGGCUCUGUGUGCCAAAUGCGGCCAUGCUCAAGACGACUACCUCAUGAUGGAACCAUCCAAUAAGCCCUCCCAGUCACAUCCAGGGUAUAUUCCAAUGUCCCCCGCUGUGAAACAGCGUCUAGGAAAGGUGCUGUCAAAUAGUAACCCCAACCUGGGACCGGCGCUAGACAGAUCUAAUAAACCUUCUGGUUCUGCCAUGCUACAAACCAACGUGUAUCAAAGAAAGCAAAUUCUGGACAACACAGACAACUUGGACUUCAGAAGGAAGCGAUCCAAUUCGGCAGACUCUUCCACUAGUCGCUGCGAGCCGGAGCCGGAGCCAGAGACCUCACCUUGCCACUGCGCUCACUCCAUAGCAGUCAGGAGGUCCUCUUCCGUUCCUUGCAAGUCCAACAGGGACUCCUCAAGCUCAAACGAUUCCGGCGUAUUUGAAUUACCCCGCAGACCACAGAUCUGCGCUAAUCAGACAUUGCCAAGGAGAUCAAAGUCAUCUGAUCCCCUUAGAGAUCUCAGUUUUCAAUUUAAUAAAGCUGAGAACAAGUCGGCCAGUGCCGAAGCGGAGGUUCCCGUCUGUCCAUCCGGAUCUACAAGUAGUGGCACUUCCGACAUGUCGGACUACUUCGAGACUCUGUCUCUGUCUUCGCACAGCUCCAGUGAUGCUCCGCCGCCCAGUUGCACCUUGAGGCCGCGUUCAGGCAACGAAUAUCUUAGUAUGCAGAGACUUAUUGCUCCAGUUCCAGAGGAGCGACACUAAACUAGUCUACUUAGGAAGCAAUAAUAUAAAUAGUAUUUAGUACAAUACAUAUUACUAAUAUUAUUAUCUUAUGUCUGUAAUCAUUUUCUGUAUAAAGGUAUUUACUUUAUAAAUAAAUUAUUCAUGAAAA